GGGAGAGGGCGGAGUUCAUGGCGGAAGCCCGAGGCGCUGCCUUCACCCGUCAUAUAAAGGCAAAAGCCAGCGCAUUACUCUGGAUUUCUGAAAGUGCUUUCUGUGUGCAUUUCAGGGGACUUGACUGUACACAUUUCUAUAUAUCUAUAUUUCUAUAUAAUCAUCUCCAGUGCGAUUAAAACUGGUUUUAUAGGCUGUCCCAGAAAAUCGUUGGCUUUUAAGGUUUGAGUGCUGAUUUCACGAUGGGCCCCUACAUCACACUGAGCCUCUCUGCCUGUCUGUUCCUCUGCUGCUGGGGGGUGCUCUCUCAAUCCCCCUCCUAUGGGGAGAGGGGUUCGGAUCUGGGCAUAAAGGUGUUCCAGCAGGUGGUGCUCUCGCGGCCGCAGGAGAACGUCCUGCUGUCUCCCCACGGCAUAGCCAGCAUCCUCGGCAUGCUGCUCCCGGGCGCCGAUGGGGUAACGCGCCACCAGCUGGUCACCGCACUACGCUACAAGAAGAACGGUCCCUACAAGAUGCUGAAAAGGUUACACAAGAGCUUGACCUCCAAGUUCAACCAGGACAUCGUGACCAUCGCCAACGCGCUCUUCACCCAGCAAGGCUUUGACAUCCAUGAGAAGUUUGUGGCCACUAACAAGGCCAACUUCCAGUGUGAGGUCAGGACCCUUGACUUUGCGAACACGGAUGGUGCUUCAGCCAGCAUCAACAGCUGGGUGAAGAACCAUACCAAAGGGAUGAUUCCGCGUCUGAUCGAGCCCCAAAUGUUGGAUCCAGCCUUCACUCGCUUGGUGGUGCUCAAUUCCAUCUACUUCAAGGGACUGUGGAAGUCUCGCUUCCAGCUGGAAAACACCAAGAUGAGGAAUUUCCACUUGGCGGACGGCACAAUCUCCAAAGUGCCCAUGAUGUCUCAGCUGAAUGUUUUCAACAUCGGCCAGGCCGUCACUCCGCAGGGUCUUAAGUUCAAGGUGGUGGAGCUACCGUACCACAGCAACAUCAGCAUGCUGAUCGCCCUGCCCCUCGAGGAGGACAUGUCCCUUUCGGCGAUCAUCCCCCACGUCAGCACCGCCGCCGUGCAGGGCUGGGUGCGACUGCUCACUCAGAGGAAGGUUCGGCUGCUGUUGCCCAGGUUUUCUGCAGAAGCUGAGGUUGACCUGAAAGACUCCCUCUCUGCCUUGGGCAUCACCGAUAUGUUUUCUAUGGGCAAAGCUGAUUUUAAGCACAUAAGCACAGAGCCUCUGCACGUCUCCAAAGCCCUACAGAAAGCUAAGAUCGAAGUCACAGAAGAUGGGACUAAAGCUGCUGCUGCAACAACUGCAAUCUUGCUGGCGAGAUCAUCUCCCCCGUGGGUCACCGUGGACAGACCGUUCCUCUUCAUCGUCCGGCACAACCCUACAGGUACGAUUCUCUUCAUGGGUCAGAUGAACAAGCCGUGAGGGCUUCCCGUUGGAGGACACAAGCAGGACGUCUUUCUGAAGCUCCAGUUCUCCAAAGCCAAAAGAGACACGAACGACUCGGACGAACAUGUCCUGCUCAUCUGUCCGUCUGUCUGCGCACAUCAUGCGGUGAUCGUUUAAUGAGUGGGGACUCAUCCCUUGGUGUUUGUCUUAGAGAACCAUACCAAUGUAGACAUGUAAGAAAUUAUAUUCUUAGCCAUUCUCCAUGCAUGAGCCAUUUCCCCUCUCUGCCCCUCGUACUGGGUGAACACUGUUUCCCGGCAGGUUACUCCAAUACUGUAAUGCUGCUGCUAUGAAGUUUAUAUAUAAUAUAUAUAUAAAUAUAAAUAUUGAUUUCCCCUAAAUGUCAAUGUAUUUUCAUGGCAUUUCAGCACCUUUUUAUUUUAUAAAUACGACCGAAAUUACCACCAGUGCAACUUUACGAUCAGGCUUUUUUUUUUAUUAUUUUAGUCACCCAAGUUUAUAUCUAUAUAUAUAUAUAUAUACGGAAAUACUUUUUUUAAAACGUGGUUUUGCAGAUAUGUUCCUGUAAAGCCAUCUGUUACUGUCGAAGUAUUUCUCUUUAGUAGUAUUGUGUUAAAUCGACAGUUAUUUAUUGACAUUUCCUUGCCGUUUUAUACAACUUUGUUUCCCAAACGUUUCUCUGUCUGUAACAAUGCAGUAUUUAAUAAAGUAUUAAACUGGG